UCUCAUCAUCCCUUUAAAUAGCAAAGUGAGUUGUUAUUUAUUAGUGUGUUGCAGAGUACCUUUUGUUUGUGUGAGGGGUAGAAAUGGCAUACUCCAAAACGUUUCUUCUUGUUGGACUUGUGUUGGCUGUCCUUCUACUCAUCUCCUCUGAGGUUUCAGCCAGAGAGCUAGCUGAAACUCAGAAAAAUAUGCAGUUGAAAAGUGUGGAAGAAGCCAAGUAUGGUGGUCACGGCUAUGGCUACGAGCAUGGCCAUGAACAUGAUCAUGAACAUGAACAUGAUCAUGGACACGGGCACCCUGGCCAUGGUGGGCAUCCUGGACAUGAUGGUGAGGAAAACAUGCAAAUGAAAAGUGUGGAAGAUGCCACGUUUGGCGGUCAUGGCCAUGGCUACGAACAUGGCCAUGGACACGAACAUGGACACGAAUAUGGACAUGGGCACCCUGGACAUGGUGGUCACCCUGGACAUGGUGCUGAUGAGACAAAAGAGGCGGAAAUUACGUCUAAUAAGAAUUAGAUGACCUUUGUAAAUCGUAUGCAUGUUUUGUGUGGGCAAAUAAAAUAAAUAUGUAAUGUAUGUAUGUUUUUAAUGUGGAAUAAAACAUGGUGUUAGCAUGUGCCACAGUGUAUUAGUCGUGUAAUAUCAUUAUCAAGACUUUCUUGUCUAUCUUCUAUCUAUUUGCUUUCUAUGUA